UUUUAAUUUCCUCAUUUUCAAUAAUUUCCUUCUAUAAAUUACCGUAUCAAUGUUCUCAACAGCCUCUUCCACUUCCGCUCUCUUCUCUUUCUUUUCUCUUUGAGCUGAGGUUCUGCUGCUUCUUUUAGUUCUUGUUUUCCCCAGUUUUCCUCAGCUUCCUCUGUUCUAAUCACAUCCCUUUUGAGGGUGUUUGCUUUUAUAUCGGGGAUUUUUGGUUGUUGAACUCCAGUCUAGGUUCUAGAGUCUAUACCAAAAAUCCAUUAAGUCAAAACUCUAUCUUCCAGCAAGAAGAGAAAGACAUAUCUUGGUUUUUUUUUGCUGUAAAUCUUGAUGCUGCGUAAAUUGUUGUGGUUGAUGCUUGAGACUCAUGUCUCCAGUUGUCAGUGAAAUCCUCCGAUCCGGUUUUAUGAUAAAUUCCUCCCUCAGACGCAGGACCCAUCUAGUUCAAUCUUUCUCAGUUGUCUUCCUCUACUGGUUCUAUGUUUUUUCAUAAAUAAUCAUUUUGUAAUUGCUUUUUUUUUUAACUAUAUAUAUAUAUAAUUAUCUGUAGCUAGUAUAGGAGUCCAGUCGCCUUUGAGGUUAGAUUAUCCUGAAAUAUUAGUAAUUUAUAUUUGAAGUUUUAGCAGUGAGUUAGGUGUAAAAAUAUUAACAUGGCUUCGUCCAGUGGAAACUCCAAUUCCUCAAGCUCCUCGCAGCUUCAGAACUCUGGGUCUGAAGAGGACCUGCACCAGCAGAACAUGAUGGACCAAAGAAAAAGAAAGAGAAAGGAAUCAAACAGGGAAUCGGCAAGAAGAUCCAGGAUGAGGAAACAGCAGCACUUGGAUGAAUUAGUGGCCCAAGUGGCUCAGCUCAGCAAAGAUAACAACCAAAUCCUGAACAGCAUCAACUUCACCACCCACCACUAUCUCAACAUUCAGGCUGAGAACUCAGUUCUGAGGGCUCAGAUGAUGGAACUGAGUCAAAGACUCGACUAUCUGAAUCAAAUCCUCAGUUAUCUCAACACCAUGAGCGCCAGUGAGUUGGUGUACGAAACUGAUCAGUGCUUUGAAACAAGUACUUGUGACCACGGUUUCACCAACCCUUUCAAUCUACCUUACCUUAACCAACCCAUCAUGGCCUCUCCAGACAUGUUCCAGUACUACUGAUCCAUAAUAAUCCUCACCACCAUCCUCCCUCAUUUACUGAUAAAACGAGGGUAUUAAUAUAAUUGUUAUGGUUAAUUAAUUUAAUGAAAUAUUAGUGUUAUUGGCAGCUAUAGGUCUAGGACGAUGAUGUAAGGGAUGAUGAUUGUGAGAGAAUUGGCAAGUAGCAAGUGAAAGCUGCUUGGCAGGGGAUGCAAUUUUUUAUUUUCAAUUUUCUUCUUGUAAAUGGGGAUUUGAGAUAUAAAAUAGGGUUUGAUGUUUGACGGGUUUUCUGGAUGUAUGUAGUAUGGUCUCCUACGUUUUUAUAUAAGAAUUUCCUUCACCUGUUA